AUGCCUUCCCUUGCCGGCGACGGGGAAGCCGACCGGUUAACCAACAGGCGGGCACGUUCAUCGGCGACCGGCGCCACCAUCUUGCCAGCCCCGCCGGUCAUGGCGUACGCGUACCCGUACGUCUUCCGUGCUCAGGCUCCACCAGCGAGAGUGGAGGAUCACAAGGCCAAGGACGCCGCGCCUGCUCCACAGGUCAAGGAGCAGUGGCCGGCCGGCAGUGGCAGCAGAAGCGCAGGAGCCGGGUGGCUGGACGGCCUCGGCUCAGGGGAGAGCCAGAGGCUGGCGAGCGCCUACGACCUCGUGGAGACGAUGCAUUACCUGUACGUGCGCGUCGUCAAGGCGCGCGAGCUCCCGGCGAGCGCCGUCACCGGCGGGUGCAGCCCCUACAUCGAGGUCCGCGUCGGCAACUACCGCGCCGCCACGCGGCAUUGCGAGGGGAAGGCCAGCCCCGAGUGGAACCUGGUGUUCGCCUUCUCCAGGGACCGCGUGCAGGCCACGGUGCUGGAGGUGUUCGUCAGGGACAGGGACGCCCUGGGGCGCGACGACUGCGUCGGCAGAGUCGCGUUCGACAUCGCCGAGGCGCCAGUGCGCGUGCCGCCGGACAGCCCGCUCGCGCCGCAGUGGUACCGCCUCGAGAGUACUGCUGGUGGUGGCAAGAUGGUGGCGAACGGCGAGGUCAUGCUCGCCGUCUGGGUCGGCACGCAGGCGGACGAGGCGUUCUCGGACGCGUGGCACGCCGACGCCGCCUCGGUCCGCGGCGGUGACGGCGCGGCGGCCGUGCACAACUCGCGGUCCAAGGUGUACGUUACGCCCAAGCUGUGGUACUUUCGUGUAAGCGUGCUCGAGGCUCAGGACGUCGUGCCGCCCGGUGCCGGUGCCGGCGCCACCGCGGACAAAGGCCGGCACGCCGAGGUCUUCGCCAAGGUGCAGGUCGGCGGCAUGGUGCUCAGGACUCGGCCCUGCACCACCAGGGGUCCGGCGAACCUUGCGUGGAACGAGGAGCUGGUGUUCGCCGUGGCUGAGCCGUUCGAAGACCCGGCGGUUCUUAUCAUCGAGGCCCGCGUGCACCCCGGCAAGGACGAGAUCAUCGGGCGCGCCUUGCUGCCGCUCACGCUCUUUGAGAAGCGGCUAGACCGCCGCCCGGUCCAGUCGCAGUGGUUCAGCCUGGAGCCCUUCGGGCGUCCGGUGCGCCCGCCGGAGUCCGUCUUCGCCGGCCGCGUGCACCUCCGCGCGUGCCUCGAGGGCGCGUACCACGUCAUGGAGGAGCCGAUCAUGUACGCCAGCGACACGCGCCCCACCGCGCGGCAGCUGUGGCGCCCGCCGAUCGGCGUGCUGGAAGUCGGCGUCCUCGGCGCGCAGGGGCUCACGCCGAUGAAGACCGUCGACGGCCGGGGCAUGACCGACGCGUACUGCGUCGCCAAGUACGGGCAGAAGUGGGUGCGCACGCGAACCGUGGUGGACUCCUGCAGCCCCCGGUGGAACGAGCAGUACACGUGGGAGGUGUACGACCCGUGCACGGUGCUCACGCUCGCCGUGUUCGACAACUGCCACCUCGGCAACGGCGCCGCAGGCAACGGCGCCGUCAUCAGGGACCAGAGGAUCGGCAAGGUCAGGAUCCGCCUCUCGACGCUAGAGAUGGACAAGGCGCGCACAAGCGCGCACCCGCUCGUCGUGCUGCACCCGUCCGGCCUGCGCAAGAACGGCGAGCUCUGCCUGGCCGUGCGCCUCACCUGCCUAUCCCUCGGCAGCGUCGUGCGCCUCUACGGCCAGCCCCUCCUCCCCAAGGUGCACUACAUCCAGCCGCUCACCGUCGUGCAGCUUGACAGCCUGCGGCGGCAGGCGAUGAGCAUCGUGGCGGCGAGGCUGAGCCGGGCCGAGCCGCCGCUGCGCCGUGAGGUCGUGGAGUACAUGCUCGACGCGGACUCGCACGUCUGGAGCAUCCGGCGGAGCAAGGCCAACUUCUUCCGCGUCACGGCGCUCCUCUCAGGUGCGGCCAGCACCGCGCGGUGGCUCGCCGACGUUUGCCGCUGGAAGAACCCGGCGACGACGGUCCUCGUGCACGUGCUCUUCGUCACCCUCAUGUGCUUCCCGGAGCUCAUCCUGCCGACCAUGUUCCUGUACAUGUCCACGGCUGGCCUCUUGAACUACCGUCGCCGGCCGCGACGGCCGCCGCACAUGGACGCGAGGAUCUCGUGCGCCGAGGCGAUCCACCCCGACGAGCUCGACGAGGAGCUGGACACGUUCCCGACGUCGAGGCCCAACGCCGUGGUGCGGCUGCGGUACGACCGGCUGCGGAGCGUGGCCGGGCGGAUCCAGACGGUGGUUGGAGACGUGGCGACGCAGGGAGAGCGGAUCCGGUCCCUGCUCGCGUGGAGGGACCCGCGGGCCACGGCACUGUUCACGGCGUUCUGCCUCGUCGCCGCCGCCGUGCUCUACGUCACACCGAUCCGGGUCGUGUCGCUCGUCGUCGGCCUGUACGUGCUCCGCCACCCGAGGUUCCGGGGCCGAAUGCCGUCGGCUGCCAGCAACUUUUUCAAGAGGCUGCCGUCCCGAGCUGACACUAUGCUGUAG